GUACCGGCCGACAUCUACCAUGUCAACAGAAGCAUCUUCAUCCUCAAGUACACCGAAACCAGAGGUCUCCAUCUCUGACGCAGAGCUCGAGAAACUGCUCAACCGGGAAGCCUCCGCCUUCCAGCGAGAACUAGAAGUUGAGCGUAUAUUGGUAGCGUUCAAGCUGAAUCCGUAUGAUAUCUUAGAUUUGACCGAGACCGCCAGACCGGAGGACGUGAAGAGGAAAUACCGACAGCUCUCCCUCUUCAUCCAUCCUGACAAGACCCCCCACGCUCGUGCACCAGAAGCUUUUGACAUCCUCAAGAAGGCGGAAUCAGAACUGAGUGAUCCGGCGAAACGAGAAGAGCUCGACGCCACAAUCAGCCAAGCCCGUAUUCAACUCCUGAAGUCCCUCUCACUUCCUCCCAGCACCACCGACGAUGAUCCCAAACUCAAAGAUCUCAAGCCCCCAUAUAAGGCCCAACUUAGGGCGAAGUCCAAGGACAUGUUGAUUGAGGAGGAACUCAGACGGAGAAAGGCGAUCAAGAUGAACCUUGCCAACGAAGGGUUGGAAGCUAGAAAGAAGGAAGAAGAAGUUGCGACAAGGAAGCGCAAGGCCGAGGACGAUAAGAAAUGGGAAGAAAACCGAGAACAGCGCGUCGACAGUUGGAGAACGUUCACCAAAGAUUCCAAGAAGAAGAAGAAACAGAAGGUCACCGUACUGGGCUAAGCCAAAUCUUGUGAUACUCUCUCUUUUCAGCUUCUCCAUUCCGUUGUCGUUCACCUGCUUCCUUGUCCUUCCUCCGAUCUGGUAUAUCAAGCUAGAUAAGCUGAGCAUUCUCAGUGUCAGCGUACGUAGGGUAUAUGUCUGGGUACCUGGACCGCGCGCUGAAGUUACCAUCGGAACCAGUAUGUUAUUCUGUGUACAGGUAUUGUCAGGCGUCGUAUAAAUCUUCAUAUUACUGCUAUAUUACAGUUAAGGUCCCC